AUGGAUUUUACAAAGUAUGUUUGGUUCCUAGUAUUAUUAGGUAAGUUUAAGAAGUUUGAAUGACUAUAACUUUAAAGUGACUAUAAUGUUGAAGUUUUUGUUUGUUAUAAUUUUAAAGUGCAUCGUUUGUUUCUCCUCAGGUUUUCAGGAGGUAUGGGGGGAGAUUACUGUAUCAUCGCAGGAUCUAACAGUACACUUGGGAAGUCAGAAAACGUUUACUCUGUACUUAACGGAAAGUAUAUCAGAAGAUUUAAAGAUAACGUUCGAAGUACAACACUCAGAUUUGGUGAAGACGGAACCGUCCAGUAUUUUUGUUAAUGCCACAAAUCAACCCCAGGAAUGGAACAUUACUAUAUUUAGUCUUAAUGCUGGACAUUCAAUUAUUACCGCAAAUGUGACCCCUAGCACAGUUACAGACUUUUCCGAAGCUUUUGUGAGAGUGACAAUCGAAAAGUCGGAAACGCUGUUUCAUAUAAGUGCAGUUGUUGGAUGGAUAUACUUUUUGGCAUGGAGUGUCAGUUUCUACCCACAAAUUUACAGCAACUACAAGCGCAAAAGCGUUGUUGGUCUAAAUUUCGAUUAUUUAUCGCUCAACCUUGUUGGUUUCAUUAUGUACGCCCUCUUCAACUGUGGACUUUAUUGGAUACCAGCAAUCGAGCAAGAGUAUUUCAGUCGAUAUCCCAAAGGAUUAAAUCCCGUUCAAAUCAAUGACAUCUUUUUCGCCCUCCAUGCUGUAUUCGCUACCCUGAUCACCAUAGUUCAGUGUUUCAUCUACGAGAUUGGAACCCAAAGAGUUUCGACGACUGCCAGAAUUAUCCACGCCAUUUGUAUGUGUUUCGUAUUCGUUACGAUUAUACUUGCUUUCGUACACGUGAUCGCGUGGCUGGACUUUCUUUAUGGCUGCAGUUACAUUAAACUUGCCAUCACCCUGAUAAAAUACGUACCGCAAGCAUUCUACAAUUACAAGAGACAAUCUACCGUAGGAUGGAGUAUUGGAAACAUAUUUUUAGAUUUCACAGGUGGCAUUCUGUCGAUGUUGCAGAUGAUAUUAAAUGCAUACAAUUACGAUGACUGGGAAAGUAUUUUUGGAGACCCGACCAAGUUUGGACUUGGCUUCUUCUCCGUAGCCUUCGACAUAUUCUUCUUGAUUCAACACUAUGUGUUGUAUAGAUAUACCAGUGAAAAGAUGAUCGACCUGAAUGGCAAAGUGUAGCCAGCCACAGCUCGUCAUUAUUGAUCACAAGUCACAAGCCAUGUCAUUCAAAGUCGUAAGAAUGGUGGCAUACAGAGCACGGAUCAUUAUUAUACAUUUAUUUCUCACAAUCUAGCAAUAUUGAACCCCCACAAACGCGCCACAGAAAGGAUAGAAUUUAUAGACAUUGAAAUUAACCUACGCUGAUUCAUUAAGUUAAGUGACGAUGCAUGAACUAGGAAUCAUAAGGAUAUGCAACGAUGACAUUGAUUCAAGGGUUUGUACCGCAGUCCAUUUGAAAUGUGGGAUGAUCAGUAUUACUGUAUUAAUAUUUAUUUGGAGGAAGGUUGUGAGACCGUUUACAUUUGGCAAAUGUCGCAUUAUAUUUAUACUCUAUUCCUGCCGUGUUCUAAAACGACACUCACCGAUGUUGACACUUUUUAUCAUGUAGCUUCUAUUACUUUCAAACGCAUUUUUAUAUCUCUUAUAAAAAUAAUGAACAAUGGCCUAAAAGUCUCAGGAACAAUGAAAUAAUAUAGAUAUAUAAAAUAAAAGCAAAAAUAUCACCGACAGGCCAUAAGGACCAUUACGUAGAAUAAUUAUUCGUAAAUUGUGGCGAGUAUUUAAAUAUAUUUUGUUAUCUUUUGUUUAUGUGUAAUGUACAUUUUUAUUCUGAAUUUUGUACACCAUAAUCCUGUCUCUUCAUCGAAGUGCACAACAUAAACAUGACGUGCAGUUGUUCAUUUAAUUUCGCCCAUUUGAAACAAGGAAAAGUAAAUAUAUUUCCAAGUGUGUUUCCUCAUUAAAUAGCAUCUUCAUAUUGAAGAUUUCUUUAUUUCAUCGUCCCUGGCACAACAGAAGUAGGAGGAAUUCAUUGCUCGACAUUGAUUUCUCGAUUUAGCAAAAUAUUUGCAUGAAGCAUGAGUUGUUAUUAUUCAUCUGGUUGCGAAAGACUCUCUCAAAGUUUUUAUCUGUCUGUGGUUGCUCUAGUCUAUUGACUCAAACAGUUAAAUGAAUGGUGAAUGAGAAAAUAAACUAGCACAAAUUUACUCGUUUCAAGAUCUAAAUGUCAUAAGUACAUGGGCAUUAACUUAACUUAUCUCAUGUGAAUGUUAAAAUAAAUGUCUAAAUUCCUACUAAACCUCUCCAAUUUGUAUAACCAUUGGCUCUGAAUGUGUUGACGCUACCCUAAUUUCUUGAUGUAUUUGUUAUUAUACAAAGAGACGUUAUAUUAAAUGUCUCGAAUGCAGUAAAAAUGUAAAUAAAUGUUACACACACACGUUAUACUUCAGAAAAAUAAUCGCAGAUUUAAAAAUUAUCAAGCCAGCUUGGCUGCUACUAAUUACAUGUGUAAGAUCUUCCACAAUGUUGAAAAUGACUUGAUAACCAACUCUUAGUGGAAAAAAAAUAGCUUAGCUGCUAUUCCCCUAAAGGCUCCUUGAAUAAAGAACUGAAGCAAAAA